GCGUCGACCCGUCAGCCGUAUCCCGCGUUAACUUCGCCGUUGACUGACAUAAACAAAACAAAACGGAACGUUUCGAUUGCAUUUGUGAACUGGUUGUGUUAUGGAUCUGUGAACCGAACGAUGGAGGAGGAGUCUAUGUCAGGACACAGCUGUUCUGAGGACGACAUCAGCGUUGGACGACCUUCGCCGGCGCCGUCGCGGUCGCCUUCUCCGCACGACUACUUCAGACCGCUGAAACGACUGAAGAUGGCCUCGGAGCCGGUCGAGGAGCGGCGCGGCGAAGGCGUCAAAAGUUUCUCUAUCUUGGACAUUUUAUCGCACAGUCCGCGCACGCCGCCGCGUAUAGUUCGCCCGUGGGACGCGUCAGGCUUCGAGAGAUUGCAGCGGCUUCAGCGCUUAGCCGGCGCCGCCCUACUCGACGGAGAGAGAUGGAGGCUUGCCGCUUUGGGUCUGCUGAGGCCGCGGGACAUGGGCUCGGCUGAAUGCUGCGACUCGGCAUCCGAGAGGUCGUCUUCGGCGUCGGAUUGCUGUUCCGAGCCGCGACGGGCCCAGCAGACAUCCUCCACGGCGCCACACACGCCACUGGACGCUCUGUUCCACAUGACAAGCAAAACUUUUGAAGCGAACAAUACUGACAACGGAGAUGGUCAGUCCAAUCACCUAAACCUGUUCAACUCAAGACCACAACCGAAAAAGAAACGAAAAUCCAGAACGGCUUUCACGAACCACCAAAUCUUUGAGCUUGAGAAGCGGUUUCUGUAUCAAAAAUACCUCUCACCGGCGGACAGAGAUGAGAUAGCCAGUUCCCUGGGACUAUCCAACGCGCAAGUGAUCACCUGGUUCCAGAACAGACGAGCGAAGCUGAAACGAGACAUGGAGGAACUGAAGAAGGAUGUCGAAAGCGCCAAGGUUUUAUCGGCGCAUAAAAGCUUCUUAGAAAACGUUACUGACUUGGGCAUUCUGAAAAAGAAAGCCAUGAGUAUAGGAGCAAGCGAGGAGGCAGCCACGAACCUAGUUGUGAACGCGUCUAAAUGAAACGAGUUAUCGCGCGCGUCCGACGUGACAUACGAAAGACGCGCGCUCCAUUUUUAAAUCGUAUCGAUUUAAAUAAUCGGACUAAAUCGAAGGAAUCGACUAAAAUUUGUGGACAUUUAAAUUUCGAAUAAUCGAUGUUAAUUUUUUCUUUUCUAAUUGUAAUCCUGACCGUGACACCUUCGAAUCUUAAAGGCUGCAUUCAGCUGGUGAGUUAAAAUUUCAUCGUACGGAAAAACUUAGAAACUCACACGAAACUAGAACUCAUCGAGCGAUUAUAAAAAAAAUUCGUACAAAAUGUUUAACUGCGUAUGUAAAUAUAAAAUAUUAGUUGUGUAGUUGUUUGUACAAAAGUUAAUGAAGAAGCUUCGUUCGAAUAAAUGUGAUAGUUGAUUUAUUAGUACUUAAUAAUUUUAUAGAGAUAUUCUUAAAUUAUUUAUUGUGGAACGGAUCGUUAGGAUUAGUAUAAAGAAAUACCUUUCAAAUAAAUAUUUGAUAUAAUUAUAUUAUUGAAAGUCAAACAGUUCGAAAAUUUAAAUCGUUUUCAAUUCAUUGAGGAGCAUGAGAAAUGCAGUGCAAUAAAAAGAGGUAUUUCUUUAUACAAUUUAUUACCAACUAAAGCAAAAAUGUACAUUCAAUAUAUGUAUAAAUAGAUUAACUAUUCCUCUUAAAUCUUUAGUUUAAAAAAAUAUAGGAAUUAUCGUAUUGUAAUGAUUGGUAAACUUAAUUACCUUUUGCGUUUUAAAUAUUUGCGUUGAAUCGAUUUUCUAAAACUAAAUAGAUAAAUAUGAUUGCUGCAAUAGUUUUGUAAAUACCAGAACUUUUUCUGCCUACUACUAAAUAAUAUUUAAAAAAGCAACGUCUACUAUUCUUUGUCUUUUAAAAAUUUGACAAAAAACGUUUUACUGAUCAUAUAAUAGAUAUAAUUUAGAUUUGUAUAAUUUGCGUAAUGACAUUCAGCAAUCUUAUUAUAAUUAAAGUAAUUAAAGACAAAAAUGUAUUAUACACGAAAUGUUUCUAUGAUUCAAUCAUAAAAUAAUAUUUAGAAGCGACAACGUAAUUUUUAAACCAAUUCUUUAACUUAUUUUAACCUACAUACGUCCAUGUCGAAACUGUUCUAUCAACUCCCAAAAACAUACAAUAAUUCUUUAAUUCCAAUUUCCAACUGCUAGAGUAGUUCCAAAAUGUUGUCUACAAAAAUCGUCUCCUUGCAUUAAAACUGUAUAAUCUCAAAACUUACUAAUAAUUUACAGGAGAGCGUUUUAAAGGUUUUAAUAUUAAUCCUCUUUGC